AUGGAUUUGCCUGAGCAAAGCGUCACCUACAUGGAUCCUGCCUUGUACAAAGCUGCAGUACAAGGCAAGAUUGAUCCAUUUAAGUUUUAUCAAACUUCUCUUAAUCAGCUAUUGACUCCAAACAAAAACACAAUUCUUCACGUCUACUUGGAAAACCAAAGUAGAGAACCGGAAUCCAGUGCUAUUGUGGAUCGAAUUCUUGAAAUGUGUCCACCCCUUCUAUUGCAACCCAACAUAAAAGGUGAAAUCCCACUACAUUUCGCGGCACGACAUGACCUUGCCAAUGUAGUGACAGUCCUCAUUGAUCGUGCAAAAGCUCUACCUUUUGAUUUAGAAAGCGGGCUUUCAGAAGCAAAAAAGAUGUUGAGGAUGACUAAUGCAGAGAAAGAUACAGCGUUGCAUGUGGCAGCUCAAAAUCUCCGGAGCCGUGUGGUGGAAAUAUUGACUAAAGAGGACCGUGAAUUUUUAUAUUCCGCCAAUCACUAUAGAGAAACUCCACUCUAUCUCGUUACAAAUAUGAAAAUUUUUAGCCGUCCUAAAGUAAGAGCUAGGAGAAUGGUGAUCGAUACAAUCUUAAGUAAUUGCAAGUUAGUGGACUAUCGUGGCCCCAACGGCAGAACAGCACUGCAUGCUGCGGUCAUGAAUGAUGAUCAUGCCACCGUAAAAGAAUUAUUAGAAAGAGAACAGAGUUUGACGAAAAUAACAGAUGAAAAUGGGUGGUCGCCGCUUCACUACGCUGCCUAUUUCUCUCAUAGGAAUAGUACCCAAAACUUGUCGCAGAAAGAGAUCUUAGAAUCAUUGGCAGAUUUUGGAAGUGGACCGCAUGGGCGCAUAGUUGUGAACAAGAAGAAGGACAUCUCUGAAAUCCAAAAAUCAAGAGAGUCUGAUCUAGUAACAGCAGUACUGAUAGCAACAGUAACAUUUGCAGUAGCAUUUACCCUGCCCGGAGGUUACAAGAAUGAGCAAGGUCCUGCCCAGGGUACUGCAAUUCUAAGCAAAAAAGCAGCUUUCAUUGCUUUUGUUAUAUCUGAUACCAUGUCAAUGGUUCUUUCCCUUUCAGCUGUCUUUAUCCACUUUUUUAUGUCACCAUUUAGACCAAACGUCCGAAAUAAUUUUAUAGCCGCAGCAAUUCUUACCGAGCUUUCCAUGGCUACAAUGGUGAUCGCAUUCGUCACAGGUUCGGGGUCGAUAGCGGGUUCAAGUGGGGCCGUGGGAGAGAUGAUAGUGUCGGUGGUUAGCGCCCAUAGGUGUGACGACUAG